CGCCCCACGCGCGCCGCUAUGUACGACCCCGAGCGCCGCUGGAGCCUGUCGUUCGCCGGCUGCGGCUUCCUGGGCUUCUACCACGUCGGGGCCACCCGCUGCCUGAGCGAGCGCGCCCCGCACCUCCUCCAGGACGCGCGCACCUUCUUUGGCUGCUCGGCGGGGGCGCUGCAUGCAGCCGUCUUCCUGUCCCGGGUCCCUCUCGACCAGACCUUAGAAAUCCUCAUGGACCUCGUGCGGAAGGCCCGGAGCCGCAACAUUGGCACCCUCCAUCCAUUCUUCAACUUAAACAAGUGCAUCCGAGAUGGGCUCCAGGAGACUCUCCCGGACAACGUCCACCAGCUAAUCUCAGGCAGGAUAUGCAUCUCGCUCACCCGGGUGUCUGACGGGAAGAACGUGCUGGUGUCUGAUUUUCAUUCUAAAGAUGAAGUGGUAGAUGCCCUGGUAUGCUCCUGCUUCAUCCCUUUUUACUCUGGCCUGAUCCCUCCUUCCUUCAGAGGUGAGCGGUAUGUGGAUGGAGGUGUGAGCGACAAUGUCCCCCUGCUGGAUGCCAGAACCACCAUCACAGUGUCCCCUUUCUACGGGGAGCAUGACAUCUGUCCCAAAGUCAAGUCCACCAACUUCUUCCAAGUGAACGUCACCAACCUCAGCCUCCGUCUCUGCUUGGCGAACCUCCACCUUCUGACAAGAGCACUCUUCCCACCUGAUGUCAAGGUGGCGGGAGAGCUCUGCUUUCAAGGAUACCUCGAUGCCUUCCGGUUCUUGGAAGAGAACGGCAUCUGUAAUGGGCCUCGGCCCAGCCUGAGUCUGUCCUCAGAAGGGAUGGCACCAGAGCCCACAGUGCCCUGCUUGGGAAACAGCAGGCUGGUGGAGGAUGAGCUGCCAGAUGGCCUGCACCUCACAACUGUGCCCUGGGAUGAGAGCGUCCUGGAGACACUCUCACCAAAGCUCACCACAGCACUGUUUGAAGCGAUUAAGGACCGAGAAGGCUACCUGAGCAAAGUCUGCAACUUCCUGCCUGUCAGAAUCCUGUCUUACGUCAUGCUGCCCUGCACCCUGCCUGUGGAGUCAGUCAUCGCCACUGUUCACAGAUCCCAAGUACCCCAGAGUGGCCAGUAAGCUGCUCCAUGUAAACCCCAGUGAGGCUUUGCUGGUUUGUAGAUCAUGGAACUCCCUCUGGACUUGGACAUUUGCCCCGUGGACAGUACAGGAGGGGCUGAGGCUGAGGUCUCCCUGUGCUCUACUCUACCCCGGGUCCAGCCUUCACCUGGGGCCACAAGGAAUCUGGGUGGUGGGGGGGGGUGCUGUCACCUAGGGAGGCAUCUAGGAAGUUCUCCCAUGGAGGUGACACGCCUUCCUCUGCAGCUGCAUCUCAGUGCUGUGUGGCGGUCCAGUGCCUAUGACCCCAGGAGCCCUAGCUUGGGGCUAAUUUGGUAGUUUACAGAAACCAAAGGAAGGCUGCUUUGGUCUGGGAGAGGUCUGGCGCUUAAAAGACCUGACCUAAGCAUCCAUUAGCUCAGCAGGCGGGGGGCGGGGGGUGGAAGUCCCAGUUCCGAGGGGCCAACUGCUGUCUCUCAGCCUGUCCAUGGCUGGGGAUGCUGAAGGUGGCAAUGUGUGUCCAGGGGAGCCUGUGGCAAGGGAGUCUCCUGCAAUCUAGGAAGGAAGAAGGUAUUAUAGUCCCAAGUGUGGUGGGAGGGACAUCACCAUCCAUAAGAAAGAGCCGCCCAAAUCAAGUGGUAAUAAAAGAUAACACGUUUACAUUCGGACCCCCUUUUCCCCAGGUAAAAUGGUUUCUAAAGAGUUUUGUAUAAAUAUGUAGCAUAUA